AUGUCUUACCAACAGCAGCAGUGCAAGCAGCCCUGCCAGCCUCCUCCUGUGUGCCCACCCCCAAAGUGCCCAGAGCCUUGUCCUCCUUCUCGGUGCCCUGAGCCUUGUCCUCCUCCUCAGUGCCCUGAGCCUUGUCCUCCUCCUGAGAGCCCUGAGCCAUGCCCCCCUCAGCCAUGCCAGCAGAAAUGGCCUCCUGUGCAACCUCCUCCACCCUGGCAGCAGAUGUGCCCACCCAAGAGCAAGUGA